CGUCUCUCUUUUUCCAUGCUGCACACACAGAUGGACUUGGCGACCGUACCGCCGGAGCUUGAGGAGCUCCUUAUCUGCAGCUGUUGCCAUUUACCCUUCAACGAUAACGAUGCGCUGCCCAAGCUUCUCACGUGUCGCCACUAUUUCUGCCUCAAAUGUGUCAAUUCGUUGCUGCGCGAAGGCAGCGAUGAACUCUACUGUGUACACUGCUGGAAGCGUACCGAACUACAGGGACCCGAGCCACGUACGGACAGUUUACCCACCUACAAUGCGAUUUUAUAUCUCACACAGAAUUUGACUGCGCUUAGUUUAAAAAUGAAAUGCGGUGAACGUGAUCGUCAGCAGCGUUCGUCGUCGAUUGCAUCGAAUGGCUCCACCGGUGCGCUUAGCGGGAGUGGCGUAAUUAAUAAUAGUGUCAAUAACAACAACAAUAACAGUAACAAUAGCGAUGGCAGCAACGGUAAUCUAAGUAGUAUUGGCGUUGGCAACAACAAUACGAACAACAAUUUGGAUAAAUUAAAAAUGACCGAAAAUUGCAUGACCCAUGCCAUGCCGAACACAUUGUGGUGUAGCGCGUGCAAUAUCUUGCUUUGUCGCGCCUGUGCCGCCACUGAAGAGCAUCGCACGCAUUUGGUGAAGAACAAAAUCGAAGCCAAGGAAUCGCUACACUCGGACAUAUCAAAAGAGUUGCUUGGCAUGCAGAAGACGCUGAACGAUGUACAACAUUUGGUAUUAAAGCAGCGUGAUUUUCUGCUCAAAAUAUUGGAGAGCUGUACCACGCUCAAGACCCAAAUCGAAGCGGAGCUGCUGAAUCAUAUGCCCACUUUGGAGAUUUCUGAAAUACGUGAAAAUUUAUGUAAGGCGCGGCUCUGCCUCGAAAUACUUGACAAACAGACACCAGCUGAGGCUCUAAAGCUCUAUGCCACAUUGCAUGCCGAGAAGCAGCGGCUAAUUGCCAAGUAUCAGGAGAUGUUCCUGCAAUGUAAAUUGGACGAUAUGAUACGCAAUUGUGGCUAUGUCUUUGAUUUCGAUCUUAUCAAGCAAGCGCUUGUGCAAAUGCAUAAUUGUGUGCUCAAUGGCGGCAAUUUGGAUAAUUUCGGUGUGGGUUCGGUAAUUGGUGGCCUCAAUGGCAUAACGACGGCUGCCCAUCAGAACCCGGUUCUGCUUCUGGCCAAUUAUUGCAUUUCGCAAUUAUAUUCGCGUCAUAUGUUGUUGUUGAAGCAACAGCAGCAACAGCAGCAGCAACAACAACAACAGCAACAUCAACAGCAACAACAGCAUUUGUUGUCGAACGGUUUGCUCACCUCGAUGAUAUCACAUGUGAGUCUUUCCACAACUAUUAACGGUAAUUUGCCCACAUCGAACGCCAGUUUCACACAUGCAACCUAUGCGCAGGCCCUGCAACAGAAUCAACCGUCGAAUAAUAGCGUUGCACAACAACAACAAGCUAACAAUCCAACUUCGCCCGUACACAAGACUUACGCCGACAUCAUUUCGCUCUCUAGCAAAUCUAACGCAAGCUUACAAGCCGCCCAACAGCAGCAACAGCUGUUGCAACAACAACAAUCAGCAAGCGGUAAUUUCGCCGAUAUCGCACCAAUUGGCACACCGGCAACGACAUCAAAUACAUCAGUGGUGGUUGGCGCACAACGCAACAACACCUCACAUCUCUUUUCCAGCACCGAUCUCAACGGUUUAGGUCUAAGCUUACUGCAUUUGCAACAACAACAACAACAGCAGCAGCAGCAGAAUGCUACGAAUACACAACAACAAACGAAAUCAACAUUGCUACUUAACCCCAGCGUACACGUCUAUCCAAUCUAUUAUUUUAACAUCGAAAUCAAUGGGCAACACUCCGGGCGCAUCCUAAUAGAGGUGCGUAGCGAUGUUGCGCCGAAAAUGGCGAAGAAUUUCAAUGCACUCGCCACUCAAGAGCUCGGCUAUGGUUAUAAGGGUUGUCACAUUUUCCAGUGUUGGGAAAACGAGAGUAUUAUUACGGGCGAUUUUGAAUUGAAUAAUGGGCGUGGCGGACGCUCGGUAUACGAUGAGGGCUUCUUUAUGCCCGACGAUACAAAAAUACUAGCCAUACGCGGGUCGGUUGGCAUGCGACGCAGUCAAAAGCGUCACGAUAAUUUAGGUCUCGUUGGUUCACAGUUCCGUAUAAUUUUAAGAGAAAUGCGCGGUUUUACAGGCAUAUUUGCAUUUGUGAUCGAGGGUUUGGAUUUAGUAGAGAAAAUAUCACAAACCGGCGAUGCGACUGGUAAGCCACAGAGCAGUGUUGUCGUGGUAAGUUGUGGCAAAUAUCAGUUGGGUUAGGUGCAAUCAGCAAGGUCGAUAGUAGUGGUUAGGGUAUAAGAAAGCGAAUAGUUUGAAGGAUACGAACUUUUUGAUAAGCGUAUGUUAAGAGGUUAUUUAAAAAUAUCCUGAGUUUAGAUUUCCUAUACCAUACUUAUAUAAAACAUCUUUUAAGAUAGUAGUUGUAUUGCAGACUAUGAGCGUGCGAGCGUGAUGGCACUAUUAUAAUAUGUAGCAUAUAUUUAAAGAAAGUAGUAAAGGCGAGUGAACAUCGGAUAUCUUAUUUACUUAAAAACAAAAAAAAACCGUUAUAUAGAGUGCAAGCAGUUUUCGAAAACAUUGCUUUUUUUAACGUAUAAAUAUAAUUUAAUUAUACUCUUACGAUGGGGUGAUAGCGGAUGUGACGUUCGUUAAAUUACAUAAAAAUAUUUUGAAAACAAAUAUUGGCAUAAUUGGCGUAUUCUAAAAUAUACAUUAUUGGUUAAGGGGUUAUAUACACUUAUUCUCUCAAAAAUAACGGUUUUUUUUUGAAGGCCUCAAAUUCAGUUUCUUACUCCCAAAACAAACUUACGUUUUAAACGCAAACAAAUUAGAUUGAUAGGUCACAUGGCAAUAAAAUAUGUUUGUAUUUUUUGACCAACACAAGUGUAUAAAACCGUAUACAAUUAGGAAAAUUUUUAAAAUACAGUUUUUCACCAGCAUAUAGUGAUAAUUUUUAAUAGUUCAUAAAUGCUGUAGGAUUCAGAAAAUUUACCAUGGAACUAUAAAAAUAUGAUAAAAUAUAUAUAUAUAUAUAUAUAUAUUUUUUUUUUAUUUAAUUAAACUCUCAAAUGAUAUUUUCCUCACAUUACGCAUGAAGCCACAUUUAAACAAAUAAUUUAAUUUUUCAAUUUGAAAUUAAAUUUUAAUUGAGCUCAAUUUACUGUUUACGAAAUAAUAUAAUAUAACAGUUCUAAAAUCGCAUCACUCAAUAAUCAAUUGACUCAGAUAUUAAAAAAGUAAAGUCUGUAAUUUUUUUAAACAGUAACUUAAUUAAAAACAUAAUUAGUUUAAUUUAUUGCCAUAGUAAUUGAGCUAAAUUCGUUUAAGGUAUCUUAAUAAAACAUUUAAGUUUUAUCAUUAAAUAUUCAAUAAACAUUGAUCGCAAAAUGUUACAUUGACUCACCAAAUAACACACUUUGCCAAAUAAAAUGUUAAUUGAGCUCAAUUUGAUAUAAUAGAUUCUUUAAUUGAACAAUUAAGCUUCAUCACUAAACAGCCAAACUUUCACAUUAACUUAUAAAUUUCGCACUCUCUACCAAAUAAAAUGUUAAUUGAGCGUUAAAAUGUUAAUUUGAGAAACCAAGAAGACUUAAUUGCGCAAUUAAUGUUUGAUUGUUUCUAAAUUAUUCUAUUGAAGCAGUGACCAAUUUAAAACCAUAAUUUUUUCAAUUUAUUCAAUAUACAAGUAUUGUUGCAUGAAUUUACUAUGGCAAAUAUCGAAAGCUGAGAUUUAAUUGAGUUAGAAUAAUAUAAUAAUUGAGUUAGUAUAUGUUAAUAGCGAUGAUUAGGUGCUGGUGAAGAACUAUAACCGAUGAUUUUGAAUUGAGUGUUUGAUCGAACAAAUUUACGCCAAGCCAAACCCUUGUUUCCUUAUUUAAUUAGAUUAAUAAAAUUCUAUAUUUUUGCAAUUUUUAAAAAUAAUUUAAAUAUUAUAAUUUUUUCUGAAAUCGUUGGAGGUUUAACAAUUAAUUUUAUAGUCACUAUAUCCACCUGAAUAUACAUAUAAUCGAGUAUAAUUUGUCUAUGAAUAUAUAAAAACAAAUGAAUUAAAAAUCGAAAGCUACAUUUCAAACACCGCAUUCCUUUCGUCACAAAAAGCUCGAAAACGAAACAAAACCAAUAAAUAUUAUAAGGCUUCAGUAAAAUAUUGAAUAGUGAAAAGGCAAAAGGCAAAAGUCCAAAUUAAUCGUAUGUGUGUGUGUGUACAAUUUAAGCUAGUGUUAAACGUCCGCUUAACAGAAUGUUAAAAACUGUAAAAUGCCGUUAUUGAUGGCUAGAAAACAAACACACACAAUUUUGAACUCGAAAAUUGUUGCUGUACUUUUCUUUUCUAAGGCAUUCGUUGAAACAGUAUUGCACAAAUAAAAAAAUGUAUAGCGAAAAAUUUUCACUAAAUAUUUAACAAACACUUUGUGGUAAUUAGACGAUAUGAAUUGACUAAUUAAUUUAAUACCGUGACAUACAGCAAACAAAGAACAAAGUGUAAACGUCUAGGGAAUUUCUACUCAUGGAGUAGUAAGCGUCAUUUUAGCACUUUUGUAGAGCGACAAAGCAAAAACCAAAGCAAAAAGAAAAACAAAAACAAAAUAACGAACAAAACUUAACGAUGAAUAGUUUAAAUUUACGGAGAAUCCACGAAAACUUAGCUACAUAAAUACAUAUACUUAUAGGUUGCAUGUAAAACGGUUAACGGAACCGGAAAUGAAGAAUAUUAAUACAAGUAUAUAUAAAUUGAGCCAACAACGCAAUAAAACAUAAAUGUGAAAAUAUAUACGAAGAACUAUGUAGUUGUUUACAUAUAUACAGAAAUAAAUAUAUAUACGUAUAUAUAAAUAUGUAUACCUAUACGUAUGUAUAUAGAUUAUCUCGAUGUGUAGCUUUGAAGUAUUAAUAUUAAAAACAAAUACAAACAAACAUACAAGAACAUAUAAUAUAUCGCAGUAUAUAAAUAUAAAUAUAUGUUAAGCAUAAUCAAAAACAUACAUAUACACAUAUUAAAGGUUAAACUUAAAUGUCCAAAAAUUAAAAGAAUGAAACGCAAAAAAAAUAAAAUUAAAAAAUUAUUAAAUGUGAAAUUAAAUAUUCAAGAAUAUUAUAGUAAACUAUCCAGUAUUACACGAUUAAUUCCACGAUUACGUUUAGAGAGCAUGCAAAACAAUGCAGAACUUUAGCAACAAAAGCAUACUUACAAAUAUACCAAAAAAUAGUUAAAGGGUAUAUAUUUACUUAAAUGUAACAAUAUUAAAAAAAAAAGAACAAAGAAAACACAAACAAUGUUUCAUAUUGAUAUUGAUAAAUACAUUUGUCUAAAACAUUUGUGUUUUAAAGCGCUACAAGUGUACCUGUCUUCAAAACGUUAUAUUAAAAGUCUAGCGAAGAAAGAAAAAAAAUGUCGAAGUACUAUAAACCAAAACAAAACAAAUUAUAUAUGUAGAGCAAAACCAAUGUGUAAAAGAAGCCUGAUCAAAGAAUCCCCUUCAACAUUUUGACUAUACGAGAUUUCAUACUUAAACUAUAUUCUAACUUUACUAUCUAAUUAAUUUUUGUACACUACGGUUUUUUGUGCUAACAACUUUUACGAAAAAAGUAGGACAUGAAACAAAACAAACAAAAUAUGUACCUACAAAAAACAAGUAGAAAAAAGUAUAAACAAUUUAGAUUCGAUGCACACGUUUAUGAAUAAAUAAAAAAAAAAGAAACUCCCAGCGAUUUUGAAAAUCAUAAUUUUACGAAAUACAAAAUUUUAGCAUUUGGUGAAAAUAUAAUAAACAAACAUACAAACAAUACAAAAAGAAUACAAGACAUACAACAAAAACAUAACUACACUAAACAUGCAUACCUAUAAAUACAUAUAUACACAUAAACACCCCCGCCGUUAGGACUAAAACGUCUAUCGUUAUAGUUAUCGAAAAUAAUCGAACACAAAUUUUACAAAACUAAUUUUAAAUUAUUUGAUGUUCUAUAUUGUUUAAUUUACAUUAAACUCACAGCAGCAAUAAUUUUCCCGACUUCAAAAAAACUAUUAUAAUAACUUUAUUUCUUAUAAAAAAAAUCGCGAUUAAUUAAAAUUAUCGUUGCGAUAAAUAAAAAUAAUGUUAAAUGGUUUGCAAACAUUUACGAAGUGAAUUAAAGCGUUGAAAAUGUAUGCCGUUGGCCACCAAGAUAAAAUACAAUAGAUUUUCAGUAAUGGAUUAUUGAUAAUUUUUAAUAACAACAAACUCAUUUUACUCAUUCACAAGUAAUUGAAUUUUAAAUAUUGUAAAUUUUUUUGGAAUCUGUCCAACAUUUUCCUACGAUUUUAAGGUAAAUGCUAAUAUAAAAUUUCACUAGAAUAUUUUGCGCUAAUUAUCAAAAAUAUUUAAUUAAUUUUCAAUUUUUUUGUUUUUAAUUAUUAAAUUUGUGGUCAAACAGUUGAAAAAAUGGACAGUUGAAAAGAGAGACGAACAAUCACACGUACACAAAAGUUUCGUUAAUAAUUGUCAAUUGGUCCUUAAAAAACUCAUAGAAACUUUAACAGAAAUCGCUGAUAGCGCUAUUAGAUAUAUAACCGGAUACUUAACCGAUAGUUUACACACGUCAUAAGAGUUUCGAUUAGAAUUGGGCCUUAAGAAACUCAUAAAAACUUUAACUUUUAGGCCAAAGUGAAAUAUAGAGUUAUUUAACGGACUUCGUGUGACUUGAUCCAAACCCUUUAUAACUUUGGCUCAAUUUUCGAGCAAUUUAACCAAAUAUUGUUAUAAAUAAGAAAGACAACACUGUCAUCCGUUCUUUCCGGCGCAAAUGAUUUUACUGACAAUAGACUACAACGAAGAAAAUUUCAGAGACUAUUAAAAAUGUCGCCGUAUCAUUGAAUUUAAGUACACUAAUUUGCGUUGGGUUUUGAAAAUUUAAAAAUUUUCUGCUGUGAGUUUUCGAACACAAUUUAAAUUAAAUUAACAAAUUAAAUCGAAAUAAGUAUGGGCUGUAGACGGUUAAUUACAGCAAAGAACAUUUUAUUUAUUAUUUUUUUUAUUUUAUUUUUAUUUUUUUUGGUUUUUUUUUUUGUAAUUUUAAUCUUAACUCGAAACGUUGGUUAGAAAUUAGUAGUAUGUAUAUAAGUUAAACUACCUGCUAUAAAAAAUGUACAACUUGGAAUGAAACAAAGAAUACAAUUGACUCAGAACUGCGAGCGAUAAUCUUUUUAUAAAGUUAUGGCAUGAUUAUAGAUGAAGCAUUUUUAAAAGCAAACACGUAAAAAUAAACUUAACUUAAACUUAAACGCUGCAAAGGAGCAGUACUAUAAAUGUAUAUGAUAGGUUUCUAAAUGUACUUAAUUAAAUGUGGAAUUAUUAUUUGUAUCUAAUUCUUUUCCUCUUAAAUGCUCAAAAAUGUAAUCAACGAAAUUAGCUGCCAAUAAAAUAUGAACGAAUUUCAAGGCUUUUUAGAAAACUUAUUACAAUUACGGCACAUUUAAGCACUUAAGUUUUUUUAACCCAUUUUUUUUCUCUUUGGUAUUUUUUGUUUUAUAUUUAUUAAGAAAACAAACUCUUUGGCAUUUUAAGCAGUAUUCAUAUAUGAACUCGUGCGUUAAAAUGCAGAUUUCGUACAUUAAAAACGUAUUUUAAUUACAACUGAUGCAUAAUCUAUUGACAUAUCCAUAAUUACAAAGAAUUUGAGUUAACAAAAGAGAGAGUUAAACACCUUGCGACACGUACUAAGAACUUCGCUAGAAGAACAGAAAUAACUUAAACUAUUCACGAAUAUAUAAUUGAUAUUCCCUUAAUGAAGUAAAGCAACAAAUUGAACGUUUAAAAUUAGAGAAGCGAGAAAACUUAAAUUAUAUGCGCUUAGAUUGAAUUACUUUCGAAAUUUACACAAGUAAUUUUUAAUACACAGAAAAGUGUGUGAACUUAAAAUAUGUAUUUAUCAAACGAAAUUAUUAUUAAAUUGAAUUAUUUAUUUAAACGACUUGAAAUGAAGUAGAUAUCAAGAGAAUAGUGGAAAUUAUAGACAAUUACAACAAAAGAUUACAAGUAAAAAUUGUAUGUAUGUAUUCGUAACGAUUUGACUUAGCAAAAAGCAAAAGCAUAAAAAACAAACAAUGAAUAAAAAAAUAUAUUAAUAAAUGGAAAAGAAUGUAUAAACAGCAAAGAAAAAUUACGCUUUAAAUGUUGUGUGAUUACAUUUUAAGACAAUUAAUUAAUUAAUUGCAUAAUUUUACGCAAUACGUCGUUUCAAAUAAGUAAAAAAGCUAAAAAUUCAAUUAAAUCAAAUACAAAUGCUAUUUAUUAACUCUAUGUAUUUAGGGAGCAUAUAAUUUUUUUCAUAUGUAGUAGUCGAUUUGUUUUUUACUUAGCCAUAAGGUGACAAAAAUCGUGUGAAAUCGAAAAAGGUGCUUAUGCGCAUUUGUGAAAGGUUGGUGGAAAUGAUAAGUUGGUGAAAAUAUUUUCAAAAACUUAUUUAUACUUUCUUCUAUUUAAAUAUUGUACAACAGCUUCUAUGUCUCUUUCUAGCAUUAUCUAGAACUCGUCUUAAAUGUCUAAAAGCUUCGUAGUUCAAGUCGCUUUUCAAGUCCGUAAAGCGCGUUGACGUCCUAUAUGACGAAUACUUCAGCUCAAAUUAAACUGAAGCUCCAUCUGGCAUUACAAAGGACCAGUAGGUCUAUGGAUAGUGUCAUAGUCGGCCAGUAUAACCUAACCUAGCCUAUUUAAAUACAAAAUUUUACUCAAUGCAGCAUUGCUCGCUUAAUUCUACAUAUUUUUUUGCCAUAAAUCGAGGAGAUAGAUAACUCGUUUUGAUUUUUUUGAAAAGUACGUUUGAUGAAUCAAAAUUUUUAGCAAAUAGAUUGUUAAACAAUUUACAAUUUAUAUUUACUAUCAACUGGAGAAAGGUGAGGUUAUGCCCAGGGUUCGAAUUUUUAAUUCAUAAAUUUUGGACUAAAAAUUAAAUUUUCAACAACUUAUAGAAAAUCUAAUUUUUAAUUCGAAAUUUAAAAUUUUUUAAUUCCGAUCUAGGGAUUAGGAUUAGAUUUUUAAUUUUUAUUUCAACACUUUUGGGAUUAAAAAUUAAUAAAUAAAAUUUUUAUUGUUCACUAUUUCAUUUGAUAGAAAAAAAUUUUAAUUUAAUGGUAAAAAUUUUAAAUUUAUUUUUUUAACUCACAAUCAGAAUUAGAAAUGAUAAAAUAUAAAUCGUUUAAAUGUGUAAGUUUGCCGACCAGUGCUCUAGAGUAUUGAAGAUGUUGGCUCUGUGUGAGCUCUAGUUUAAGACGUUACAUGAGUUUAACGAGUUCAAGAAAUCGAUUUUUUUUAUUAUAUUAUUUAAUUCUAUAACAUCUAUAGAACAUUCUUCUAAAUGCUCUUGCUUUUCUUAGUCAGAAAAAUAUGCGUAUAUGUUCUGUUUGCUUGGACCAGAUGUUCAUUUCGAUUAGUUUUACCUUUGAAAAUAACACACUAAAAUGUUAAAUCGGUAGCUGAAAUAGUUUUUGAGUCACAGUCUUUUAUGGUUUAGCAGUUUAGUUUAUCUCUAUCUAACGCGUUUUUUCUCAAAUUUUCGAUUUAUCGGAGACAAAUGAUCCGAACUUUCGUUGUUCUGCAUAUAGCUCUACAUACGAAUAUCUACCAGUCCUUUGCAGACUUUUAUUUUGGGAAAAAUUCAACUUUUUUUAAAUUGUUGGCGUUUCGACAAUUUUUUAUUAUUAUAGCCGUUGGACAUUUUACGGACAAUAUCUUCUUAAAGUAAAACUCGGAUUUGUCAUUCAGAAAGAUGAGUGAUGCUGUGAGGUGAUUAUUUUUGCGAAUUCGAUGAUUCGUUUCAUAUUAUUAUUACAUGUGCCAAAGUUGAUUGCGAAAAUUAUUUUCUAUGAAAAGGCAUAUCUAGCCAAAUUUAUUAAAUGAGUUGCUGUAUUGUUCACUUCAGGUAAAAUUUCAAAAAUUUAAAUAAACGCGGAACAUUGUAAACGUUUCGCAAAAGCACAUAAGCGCCUGAGUACAGAAAUUUAAUAGGCAUAAAACAGAAAACAUGGCAACGCGCUUUACAUGUACAAUAAAAACCAAACAAGUUUUAACUUAAGUAGAUAAACAUACAUGCAUAUACAUACAUAUAUACGCAUGUAAACGCAUAGGUUAGAAAAAUGAUAAGUCGCUAAUAACUUUAACUUCCGUUUGAGAAAACAAUAAAUAACAAUGCCGUUCCAUACUUUUUAUCAUUAUGUAGCAUUAAAGUAGCAACAAAAGCAAAAGCGAAAAACAAGCCUAAAAUACGAAUAACAUACAUACAUAUGUACAUAUGCAUAGUAUAUAUGCAUUAGCUUGUAAGAGAGAAAUAUUUUUGCAAAAGUGAAAUGUUGAAAGCCAAGUGCUGAAGCAAGAACUCAGCGCCAAAAUGUUAGUGACGAAAAAAAUGUGACGACAUAAGUAAAAGCCGUUAAAAUACGAUUUUAGCUUUCAAAAAAAUACCUAAAUAAUGGAUACAGUAUAUUCACAUAUAUACUAUAGGUAUAUAUAUGGUAUAGUACAUACAAGCAAACAAACAAACGCGUCUACAAAUGACAAAUGGGAAUGCAUACACAAGUACCUUCGGUUUAGGAACCUCAAAAUCAAUAAACAAAACUAUGAUAAAUAAAAUAAAAAAACAAAAUAAUAGAAGCAAAUACAAACACAAAGUUCAUAAAGCAAAUAUACAUACAUAAAUACAUAUAUACAUGCAAACACAAAUAGUUGUAACACAUAGAUACAGGCAUAGAAGUAGUAACAAAAAGAGUGGUAAACUUAAACCAACUAAGCGUGUGAUUGCGAAACUCAAAAUUUAGCCAAAUCAAACCAAUUAAAUAAUAAAAUUACAAAAAAAAUUUAACCAAAAGCAAAAUUUCGCAAGAAAUGAGAACUUUAAGCCAACACAGUGCAGCGCAGCACCUUAAAGUGUCUUUAGCAUGUUGAGAAUUUUUUUGUUUGAUAGCAUAUGACAAGCGAUGUGUAAUAAUUGAAAGAAAACGCGAAAUUGUGGCAACGUCAAAAUUUUCAAACAAUUAUAUGGUGUUAAACUAAAAAGUGCAUAUAUAUUUUUUAGGCAUUGAGAUGCGCAUAAUACACAACGGUCACAAAGAAUAAACAUACACAAGCAUAUAAAUGUGUUUUGUGAAAAUAUUAUAAUAAAUAAGAAAUAAUAAUUAAUCGAUGUUUUAGCUUUAAGAGCAGUGAAAGACAAUUUGGAAAUACUUUGAAUUUACAAGUAUCGCAUCUACAUACUUACUAGCAUAAACUUGGCUACAAACAAACAGAUCCUUAGAAAAUUACUAAUAUAUAAAUUGAAGAAGCGAAAAAUAGAAAUAAUAUAUAAAUAUACAUAAACACACAUAUGAAGAAAAAGAAAAAUAAGAAAUGCGUAUAUAUAAAAAUACUAAAAAAUAUAUAUGUAUAUAUAAUAUAAAGCCUAGCGAUGUUUUAAAUUCGAUGUUUUAAAUAUAUGUGUCUGUUUAUGUAACUAUUUAAAGAAGUCAAUAGGAACAAAAAAUUAACAAAAAAUUAAACAAUUAAAAAAUAUUAAAUGUAAACGUUGCUUUAAAAAAUAUAUAUUAUACAUACAUAUGCAUACAUACAUAUUUACGAAUUUAACAAAAAAAGAAAUAAAUGUGAAAAUAUCUGCAUGCAUACAUAACAUGAAUGCAUUUUUAGCAAACAUUUCAAGACUUGCUUAAAAAUUCGAUUUAAAACUGCGCAAAAAUUGCUGUUCAACUAAUAAUUCGUGUGAUUUUUUUUUUCGCAAAAAUAACUGUUGUUACUCGAUUCAACUUGGCAAUUUGACAGUCUAUGAGCACAUGCAGAACUUGAGAGCGACUUAAGGCAAGUUCAAGAGUGUUUUAUGUGAUGUCAUAACAUAAAACAAUCUUGAACUUGGAAUUUAAAUUAUUUGACAUUGGAUAUGAGCAAAAUGGGCCCAACAAGCAAUUUUUCAUAUUUAACAUAACUGUUUCAUUUUAGCAACUUAAAAAUGUAAUAUAAGAAAAAUUCAAAAAAAUUUCUACUUAGUCGUACGACUGAUAUUUCAGAAACUGACAUAUAGUUAAAAUGAAGUUUGCUCAAUUUUGUUAUAAGAGUGAUUAAUCUCAAAGCAAAUAAUAUAGAAGCAUCAAGAAUAAAUAUGACAUAUUAUAUUUAAAGACAAUCAGUCGUUAAGAAAACGAAUCAAGAAGGUAGAUUAGAGUUGAAACUAGCUCGAUUAAAGAAAAAACUUUUCGCCAAGACCUUCAAUAUAUCAACAACAAGUAUUCAGGAGCUUCUCGUAUAACUAAAAGUAAACAAGAAAAAACGUUAACUUCAACUGCACCAAUGCUUUAAUACAGUUCACAGCUGUAUUUUGUAUAGCAUAAAAGGGUAUAAAAACAGCUUUAUUCUAAUUUUAAAAUGGCAAAAUAUGCUAUAUAGUUGUCCGAUCUGAAAAAUUUCGUCGGAUUGCCAAAUUUGGUGAAGAUAUCUCGUUAACUGAAAAAGUUUUCCAUACAAGCACCUAAUUCCGAUCGUUCAGUUUGUAUGGCAGCUAUGUGAUAUAAUGAUCAGAUCUGAAAAAUUUCUCUAAAUGUUGUAGCGCUGCUUUAGACAAUAAUUCAUGCCAAAUUUCGUGAAGAUAUCUUCACAUAUAAAAAAGUUUUUCAUACAAGAACUUAAUUCUGAUCGUUCGGUUCCGACAAAUGAGCCGCUUCUUGGGAUAAAAAGAACGUGAACAAAAUUUCAGAAGGAUAUCUCAAAAACUGAAGGACCAGUGCACGUAUAUACAGCAGGACGGGUGGACGAAUGAAUAUACAUAUAUAGAAUUUAUAGGGUCUGAGACGUUGCCUUUGGGUAUUACAAACAUUGUAUCAAACUUAAUAUCCCCUAGGUAUAAAAAGGGUAUUAAGGCGCGAUACGCCGGAAUUAGCGUCCACACAUUAUAAUGAUUGUACUAAAGUAGCUUUUAGUUACUCAGGUUCAAGAUCAGUUAUGUUAAAAAGUAUUUCGACUAGCAAUGAAAGUACGUGUUUUGGGAGAAAAUGAGAGUUAUUGCUCAACAUAAUCUCCAUCUACAGUAAUGCAUUUGUCAUCACUGUACUCUAACAUUUCGAUACUAACUCGAUAAUGUGACGCCUUAAAAGUAGGCGAAUGUUUCCAUCUCUAACUCCUAACUACUUAACUAAUAUAUGUAUCUUCUCCUAAUAUAUUGAAAACUAUAACUAAGUUCACAGCGUACUUUCUUCAAUUUAUCAAUCGUAUCACUGGCUGACUCAGCCAAUGAGUUCAAAAAACCUCGAUGGGUGACGUACGCAAGAAUUUUUCAUUUCUAAACAUUUUUUAAUGAUAUAACAUUCGUGUUUCCAGAACUGAAAAUGUGCUAUGAGUUCUAGCAGAACAUAUGAUAUCAACAUGCGGAUAAAACAGCAUGGAUAUGUCCGCUGUGCAAUUUUCACUUUAUAAAAAUUUAAGAUGAACAAACCAAAGAAGAGCGCUAUUUAUUUAUUUAUGUAUGUAUGCAGUAAAAUACGAAAAAAAAAUUGUUUAGCAAAAAAAAAAACGAUAUAGAUAAAUAACAACUGAAAAGUUAUACCAAAUAAUAUGUGUAUGUAUAUAAUACAAAAAAGUUUAAAAAUAAAUUUCGUUCGAAGGAAAAAUAAAAAUAUAAAGAGUAUUUAAAAAGUCUACGUCUAUAUAUUAAAAUUGUUACGUAUUACUAUUUAUAUAAAAAACAAAUUUAUAACUUAAAACAUAAAUUUUACAUUUUCGAAUUAAAUUAUAUUUCUUUGCGUAUUUUAAAGAUUCUACAAAUUGAAAAUAUGAAAAAUUCGAUAUUUAUACAUAUGUAUGUAGCACAACGACGCUACAGACGAAGCACUACAAAAAUUAGAAAAACCAAAAGAAAUAACUUUAUCAAAUAAAUAUGUAUUAUGUAGUACGUUAUACACUUAUAAAGACUUACUACUUAAGCUAUGCGCGAUAUACACACAUACAUAUAAACGUACACAUAUAUAGAUUGUUUAACAUUCGAUUUUGUUGAACUAACACAUGCAUAUUCAUGAAAACCACAUACAUACAUACAUACACACAAAUAUACAACAAAAAAACACAAGCGAAAAAUCGACCCGAAAUAUGGCAGCGCGGAAUACAGUAAAUUGACAUGUUUAUAAAAGCUUUAUGCGUUUAACCGUACAACAACCUUUUGAAACUAAAAAACAAAAAAAAAAAAAAUAGAAGGAGGGCCACAAAAAACUUAAGUAAGGAGAAAGCUUAUUAUUAGCGUACAAAAAUGUCACAAACGUGUAUUGAGCGCAAUGGAGGAUAAUAAAAACGUUCAAAAUACACAAUUUGCCAAUGGGGGUAUUCAUAAAAGCUGCCAACACUUUCAUAGGGAAACCAAAUAAAAGCCAUAAAAUAAAUACGUAAGUGCAACCCAAACCGAAAGCUGUUAUUUAGCAAAAAUUAAGCAACGUUAAUCUUCACAUAGCAAACAUAAAUGACGCACUGUGAAUACCUCUAAUGUGUUAAUUUGUUCGCUCUCUCGAAAACGCAAUGUUGCAGCAGAAUUUUAACAAUAAAAUUUUACAAAAUUGUGUUCAGUCAAACGAGUAGUGUAAUAAAACAAUUUGCAAACAUAAAAUGUGUUCACGAGUUUCGUCAUAACGGCAAAACUGCCAUGAAAGGCCAGCGAAAUUUCCUCAAAAAUUGUUAGAAUCGCUAAAAGUGCGCUCCCACAAAUAAUUUUACUUAUUCUCGUAAAGAAUAGCUAGGAAGUCUCUAUUCAAACGAUAUAUAUUUCAACAAACGAGUAUUCGAUAGUAGCGUUAUGCUGGUUGCGCGCGGUUAAAUAGGUCCGGACAGUAGAAAUGAUUUUUAUCGAUAAUUUUUAUGAAGGACCCGAGGAUUGCUUUGGAGAACGCAAAGGUAGCGUAAAAACUGGUGGUUUUAUUAAUCGUUAAAAAUUGGGUUAAAACGGUACGGUUUUAUCGAUUUAUCGACGAAGUUACAUAAAUAGAUUUUCAACUAAGAUUGUGGUAGUGGUGAAUUAAUAGAAAUUCAAACACAAUACUUGCCAGACGAAAAUGCGGUUGAAUACUUCUUAUUGAGUAGGGCAUUUGCUACUUUGAAAAACCAUUUUACCAAGAGUGAUGACUAAAUUUAGUUAUUUUAAAAUGUUGCGAGCGUACAUAGACUCAGAGCGCCUGAAAGUUUAUAUUUCCUGUCAAUACAAAAUAAAUAGCAUAACCCAACUUAAUAUAUGCUGUCUUCGAUUCGUCAAGCGUUACUCUCUAGCUAAUCGAACAAAUUCUAGCAGAUGCUCAAACCCUACGCUAACACGUCUUCUGACGCAUGCGCAAUAGUGUUAUGAUUCUUGCUUAGUGGAGUAAUUGCUUUUUUCGCGUUAAAAAAAAUGUUGCUGUAACCCUCUAUUUUUGUUUUCUACAAAUUAAUAUUAUUGAUUUGAAGUCUUAUGUUUUAAAAAUACAAUGACAAUAAUUUGUAACAAUAGUAAAACUCAACUAAAAUAUUAUAAACUUGAAGAUGUGGCUAUACCACUUAAUCAGGUGUCCGCAUACUCUUUUGUACGAAUUCAACUUAAUAACUUUGUUGUUGCUUUUACAUGUAAUUUUAUUGACAAGAGAGCAGAAGCGAGCAGCGAAAUAACGAAUUGAAGACAGCUAUAAUAAUCGAAGGUUAGAAGGUUUAAUAAAAAAUUUUACAAAGUAUGCUAUGUAUGGUAUUUAGUAAGCGCUAAUUUGGAUAAAAUUAAAAUCUUAAUUAAAUACAUAAACGUGACCUGCCAAAGUAGAGGGAGCAUUUCAUAAACGUUUCAGAUAGUCCUGUAUUUGGUCAGUUAGCAGAUUUUAUACAAUAAAGCGUAUAGAGUAAAAAUGCUAAUUGACUCAAUUAAUAAUAGUGUUCUCAGUUGAAUUUUGCGAACUUUUUUCUGUGUGAACCAUUUAAAAAUAUCGAUUGUUCUAGUAUUGAAAAGCAACAACACUUCAAAGUAAUAACAAUUAACGAAUUUCUCAAUUAAAUUGAGUGCUAAAUAAAUAUUAAAUAUUAUUAAAAAAAAAUAGCAACAGUCCACAUAGGCAGCAUCAGAGAGAGAGAGAGAGAGAGGGAGUGUGUUUUUUGAGGGUUAUCAAGUGUACACAAAUCUAAUGAAAAGAAAAUCAAACAGAACAUGUAAUCAAGUACCACCAAAGCCGCCAUAAAAAUGUAUAAAUAAUAUUUACAAAUUUUCCACUCGAAAACUUACAGGUAUAAACCAUUAUAGUUUUUCUUCAACGACUUAGAUUUAUUACCUACGGUUAUACUAAAAUCUAGCACUCGAAAGCGGAAUACAUACUAAUAUAAAGUAAUUAAACAAGCAAAAAGCGGUAUUUUUGUGACUAAAUUCAGCCCACCCAUUAACUCUUUAAGUGACAACGUUCUUUCCAAAAAAAUAUAAAAAAAAACAUAUUUAAAUAUAUAAACAAGAUCUAAACUAUAAACUUUAAAUAUUUUUUUUUUAAGUUUAAUGUUAUGAAGUUAAGUACAAAACUAAAAUUUUCAACAAACAGCGCCGAUAUAUGAAUAUUUUUGUUGAAAAAUACCAGAAAAUGAAAAAUAUAUGUACAAAUUAUUACGUCGGUUUGGUAGAAAAAGUGCUUUGAUAUAACUUUUAAUAUAUAUUUACGAGUAGUUUGAAACAUUUUGUUAAAUUAUCUUACGCUUUUAAAAAAAUAUAUAUAUAUUAAUAAUUUCAAUGCCUACUUUGCCACUCCGAACUGGAAAUGCUUUAAAUGUUUUCCAAAAACUCUAUUAAAAAGUAAUUGUUAAAGAAUACUAAUUAUGUCAAAAAUAAUAUAAUUACAAAAAAGGCAUAUCCAAUUAUCCAAUGUAAAGCAUAAAGCAGUGUUAAUUGUAUUUAAAUGUCUAUUAUAUUCAAUGUUAGCAUUGUGAAAUUUAAUAAACAUAUUUAUGAGUAAAACAGCAUUUGAAUGAAUGGAAAGUUUAGGAUACAGAGUGUGGCAGAAAAGUCGUGAUUUCAAAAAGAAAUUCAUAUUGAAUUUAAGCAAACCCAAAAGUGGAUUAGAACAUUAUGAAAUGGACAAUCCCAGAGCGCAGAUAUUUUGGUACAAAGUGAAUAAAAUCUUAAAAACAAAAACACAAAGCCAAAAAAAAACGAACAAAAUAAGUGUAAUGCAAAAUAGAAAAUAAAAAAUAAAAUAAAGACAUUACUGAAUACUUUAAACAAAAACAUAAAAUACGAAAAGAAAAUCAUAAUCGAAAAUAUUGUACUUGAUUUAGCUAUAUUUAAUUACGUAAAUUAUUAUUAUAUUACGAAAAAAAUGUAAUCUUUAAAGUAUCAUUGGUAGUCUUUUUUGUUUUUCGAAAUUCAUAACAGACUGCGAAUAAAGUUCAAAAGUUCAAAAGUUCAUUCUGUACAUUCCUCUUACUUCAUUUAUGAUUUAGAUUCACAAGAAUAAUUAAGAAAUGUGUGUACUUAAAUAUAAAAUUAUUAGUUUUAAAAAUUAUUUAUUCUUUAGCUCAUGGGGAAAACGUAAAUUGAGUUCCACAUUAAGUAUAAAAAUGCGUUAAUGUAUUACAUAUGAUAAUGAACAGAAAUUAUUGUUGGAUGUUAAACGCUGAUAAGUUAAUGUGAGCAUGCAGAAAAAUAUAAAAUAUAUUAUUAAUAAUAAAUAUCGAAAAAAAAACUAAAUGAAAUUGUAUGAAAAGGAAUAUGUUAUUAAAUGUUAUGUUAAAUGUCUUGUUUAUGAAUAAAUGGGCAGGAAGCGAAA